ACAGCAAAAGCACCGAUAUCGCAGACAUCUUGGGUUGGACGAUCCGAUCGCCGCGUAUUGAUCGAAGUGACAUCGACCCGCUGGCUAUUACGGAUAUGAAUAAAUUCUACGACGCAAAAGCGACUUACGGGAUAAGUCCCGAUCCUUAUCCGGGACCAAUGCCGCCUUUGGAUCCGAAGAAUAGAUACAACGAGGACGUCGAGGUUUACAAACUUACCGGCGGCGUUGAAUUGGUACCAUUGCUCACAAGCAGUAGGUACCAAUCGCAUCCUCAAGCCAUUCGUUACCUCGCGACAGACGCCACGAGGCCGGGUUACACCCUCGAAUCUUUGAGAGCUUUGAGGUCUUUUGGCACUGGAAGUCGCGAGUACGUCGCUGAUUUAGCUCAGCAAAUCCACAGGAAACGAGAACGGGUCGUGGAGGAGCAGCGUUGGGAGCAAGAGAAUUGUCGGAGGCAUUAUGACACCUGGAGAAGAUUGUGGGGUCGACCAGGUCACGGGGCGCCGAUGGAUCAUUGUCAGCGUGCAAAUCUCUACAACAUUCUAUACCGACCUGCAAUCUAUUGAAUUCACUUCGUUACGCGGAUCAUGUUGUGCUUGCGAUAUUUGUCGUGCGAGGGUACUUUUCAAUGUCGAUAAAUUGUUUCUCACACCAGAUUCUUGCGUUGCGAUGAACGGAAAAUCAGCCUACACUAAAGCUACGACAACUGUACCUAUAACUAUCAUUUGUUUCUAGUUUUGAUGUGCGAAUCUUCUAAUCGUUGAUUUUAAGUCCGUUGAUCAAUGGAGAAAAACCUUUGAAUCAGGCCAGAAUUUCACUACUCUGGGAGCUUCUUUUUCCAGUCACUAAUCGAUGGUCUCUAAUAAACUUCACUCAACUUUAGAGGGGUUGAUUAUAAAAGACCUAACCUUGGCGUGACAAUGAUAA